UGUGUGUCUUGUGAGCCGUUUGACACCGCCCCUCCGGAGGGUGCAGUUGGAGCGUCUGGGAGCCAACUAUCGGUUAGGUGUGCUGGGUGUAAACAAAUCUCUACAACCCCUCGAAAUGUGCGGAAAAAAACCCACUUUGACGGUUAAGCAUAGCUGUCCGCGCCACCGCUGCUAACGCUCACCAUGUAGCCCGACGCCUACGUUUCAACCCGGGGACGUUACGACGGUUGACUGUUGACUUUAGCCCGUGCUGUCACAGCCUCGGCCGGGUGGGAUCACAGGUAUUUUCCAUGCCGCGGUUGUCAUAAUGGUCGCCCGGUGAAUUGUCCAUCAAGCUAACACCUCGCUAACGGCUAGCAAACCGUAUGAGUCUGGCUGUUUCGGCACCGAGCAGCGCCGGUUGUUAGUUGUUAGCUAUACCGAUUUUCAGAGGGACGUGAACAUGGCAUCGCACGCUGACCACGAACUGGGUCUGUCUGAAGCGGACAGCAGCAAGGAGAAAGCUCAGGUGUUUGGGGUUUUGAGGCUGCAGGAGGAGAAAUCUGGUGCUGGGGAUAAAGCUAACAGUAGCAGCACCGUGAGAGGAGGAGGAGGAGGUGGUGGAGGAGACGGGCGAUGGCAGGCUCCUAUCUUCGCCUUGGCCAGGAAAGCAUCAGAGACCAUUUCAGGGAGCAUUCAUGUCCUGCCAAAAGUGUCGGAACACAGGACGUCUCUGCCCGGGGACUGGGCCGUGCAAGCCCUGCGGGACCCCAUGGCCAUGGAGCGAGCCAACCUGCUCAACAUGGCCAAGCUGAGCAUCAAAGGCCUGAUCGAGUCGGCUCUGAGCUUUGGACGGACGCUGGACUCAGACUACCCACCUCUCCAGCAGUUCUUUGUUGUAAUGGAGCACUGUCUCAAACACGGCCUCAGAGUGAAGAAGUCCUUUCUGGGCUUUAACAAGUCUCUGUGGGGUCCCCUGGAGCUGGUGGAGAAACUGUGUCCUGAAGCAGCAGAGAUCUCAGCCUCCGUACGAGACCUGCCUGGACUUAAGACUCCAUUAGGCAGGGCCAGAGCCUGGUUGCGUCUGGCUCUCAUGCAGAAACGGCUGGCCGACUACUUACGACUCCUCAUCACUAGAAAAGACCUGCUCAGUGAUUUCUACGAGAAUUCCGCUCUGAUGCUGGAGGAAGAGGGCGCGGUGAUCGUGGGCCUGCUGGUGGGCCUGAACGUCAUCGAUGCUAACCUGUGUGUUAAAGGCGAGGACCUGGACUCACAGGUCGGGGUGAUCGACUUCUCCAUGUACUUGAAGAAUGACAUUGAUGAUUACAGGAGUGAAGAGAGGAAUAGCCAGAUAGCAUCCAUCUUGGAUCAGAAGAACUAUGUUGAGGAACUGAACCGGCAACUUAACUCUACAGUUCAUGGUCUUCAGGGCAGAGUGGACUCUCUAGAGAAGUCCAACUCUAAACUCAUAGAGGAGUUGGCCAUUGCCAAGAACAACAUCAUCAAACUGCAGGAAGAAAAUCAGCAGCUGAGGAGUGAGAACAGCCUCAUUCUGCUGAAGGCACAACAACAAUUGGAGGUAACCCAAGGCGAUGUGUCAGUGGAGAGAGACACGUACAAACAGUCGCGUCAGGGAUUGGAUGAGAUGUACAAUGAGGCUCAGAGACAACUGAAGGAGGAGUGUCAGCUCAGACAGGAUGUGGAGAAUGAGCUGGUAGUCCAGGUGUCAAUGAAACAGGAAAUGGAGCUGGCCAUGAAACUUCUGGAGAAAGAUAUUCAUGAAAAACAGGACACGCUGAUCGGACUGAGACAUCAGCUGGAUGAAGUCAAAGCCAUCAAUGUAGAAAUGUACCAGAAGAUGCAGUCGUCUGAUGACGAGAUGAAGAAGAAAAACAACAUGAUCAGUCGUCUGGAGGAGAAGACCAAUCAGAUCACUGCCACCAUGAAGCAGCUGGAGCAAAGUGAUAAGGAUCUGCUAAGUCAGACCAGAACACUUGCUAUGUCAUUUGUUAAGUGUGCAAGCACAGACACAGAGCACCAGUACAAGCUAGUCAAGGACAUCUCCUUCUGAGGACGGACGCGCACGUACACACGCACACGCUGACACAUGAUUGCUUUUGACAGAAUGAAAAAAAAAAAAAAGACUUAACUUAAAGGAACAUUCCUGUUUUUUUGCACACAAUAUUCAGAUGGUUUUUACAGCGCAGAGAGCAGCCACAGGGUCAGGUGAGACUGGACUGCACGGUUUGGUGCUUUAGUUACUGAAACAUGAUCAUCAUCAGCAGAGUGCUGGGAUUCACAAAGACCACUGCAACAUGUUUCAUGAUCUGUAGUUUAAAUCCUUUGUAGACAACUUUGCUGGGUUUGUGCUCAAUGAAGAAAAUGUUUCCUCUGAAUGUUCUGGUUCAGCUGGUCAGUGAACUAUCUGAAUAUAACCAGUUAUACUUUAAUAGAUACUGAAGAAACAUUUUUGAAUUAAUCAUACACUACAUUAUCUAUUCACUCACACAAACCCAAACAUACAUAUGCUACUAGGACUAAUGUUCUUGUCUCCAGUAGUCAGUUUAUAUGCAGUAACAUUGACAGUAAGAUAGUCGUUAUCGUUUACAUUGAGUUAGAAUGAGUAGAGCAUAGCGGGCUCUCCCGCUCCUAUCACUAAGAGGUUUUAUUUGGCAACAAACAGAGCCACAAGUUAACAGUCACUGUAGCAUUUGGGGACUGUAUGACAAUUACUGACGUAGAGAGGGUGGGGUUUAACAACCAGUCAAAUUUUUUUUAAAAAGCCUUUCCCAGCAUUAUCGAUAUUUAAGAGACAGAUUGCAACACCUGCCCCAAUCUGCUAAUAUCAAAAAUAAUUAAAGGUGCAAAAGAAUGUGCACAGAAACGGUUCACCCCAAAAUGUUAAUUCAGUCAUUUUGUACUCGCUCAUAUGCUGAUGGAAAGUCUGGUGAAGUUUUGUGGUCCACAAGACACUUCUGGAGCUUCGCAGCAAAACAGAGUUGCAGCGUUCUCCUAAACAACUGAAGUAGAUGUUAACUUUUAAAAGAAAAAAAAGCCAAACAAAAUGGCUCCAUACAGCUCAUAUGGCACAAUAAAAUUCUCUGGAUGCCCCGAGAUCCUAAAUUGAUUUAAAAAGAUUUUAUUGACACCCUUCAUGUGUGGUUAAGCUUAUGUACGUACUUCACAUGGUAUGUGCGCUAAAACUGGACACCUACAGUGAGGAUUUCAUCCUUUAAAGGGUGUAGAUAAAAUCUGUUCAAAUCAAUUUGGGAUCUCAGGGCUUCUGGAGGCCCGCAUUACACCAGAUGAGAUGUAUGCCAUUUAAUGUUCAAUGUUUUUUUCCCACUGUUUUUUAAUGUUUUAAAUCAAGCCCCCAUCUACUGAAUGCUGUAAUGCUGUUUUGCUGUGAAGCUCCAGAAAUGGUUUUUGGACUUUAGAUCUUCACCAGACUUCCCAUCAGCAUUGGGGUGAGAAGAUGAUGACUGAAUUUUCAGUUUUUGGGUGAACAGGUCCUUUGAUAUGUUUGUAUUCACAUAGUUAUCAAUUUGCACAAUAGUGGAAUCAACUAUUGUCCAGAUCUAUGGCAAGCAUAAGGACUCUUCUUGUUUACCAAAUAUUCUAGUCUUUCUUUAUUUGUUGAACCAAAACCAGUCACUGACUACAAGUUCUGCUUUCUGUUGAAAUGCAGAAUAAGAAACAGGUUGGACUUGCCUAUGGACAGUGACAAUUGACACACUCCACAGAGUUAAAGUUCACUCAGUAAUUUUCAUACAGUCCCUCAGUGCAUUCAUGUAGAGAUUGUUGUGUAACUUGUGAUUCUCAGCUGCUCAGGACUUUAACGUGAGCAGGAACAUGAAAGCUGUCACAGCCUAGACAAACUGAUUCCUACAGCUGAGUCUGCGUCUCAUCACAGUCAGUCAGCGGCGAUCGCUGCAGAUGUUUGCCAUCAGACAGGAGUUUGCUUGUGCAGCCCCCAGCUUUUGAUUUGGUCCCAGUUUGCGCCGCAUGCACUGCACCUGCUGACCUGCUUCUGACUGGCUGUGAUGGCUUGUUCCCCGCUGACUCACCACACACACUAGUUUACUCUAGUGAGCAGUGAAUGGAGAUUUUGGACCCAAGUGUACAUUUCAGAUGUUUUGUAAUUGUUGAGGGCACUAUACAGUGGAUACGUUUAUCCGCUUCGAAUUCGAACAUCCGAAUACAUUUGAUCAAGGGUAAAUAAAGUGCGCUCAACAGUAAAAAGGUAGUGAUUUUGGACACAGCCCGUCUCCCUCUUGCACUUCGUCCUCCUGAAGAUUCACCUUAACUACAAAAUUGUAAAGUUGAGUCCAGACAGCUCAGUGCAACCAGCAGCUUUAUCUCAAUUCAUCUGAUUUGCUCCUGUAAAACAGACAGAACUGAGCCAAGUGUCAAUAACUGUAGUUACAUGGCUGUAAACCACCAGAGCUUCUGCCAAGAAAACGUAAAUGUGUUGUUGUGUCCCGUCUUGGCAUAUUUAUUGACUUUUGUGAUAGAUGAGGAAGUAAUCCUUCUACCUAUUCUAACUCCAUGUUCAUAGUACUGUAACUCCUCUCAGUUUGUAGACGAAUAAUCACUCAGUACAGCUGUUGAAAAACUCACAACUACUGUCUUUUACCACCGUGAUCAAUAAAGUUAGAUGUUUUGAAAGUGUC